GGCCAUUACCAUGCGAGGAGCCGGUUGUACCAUUAAUGAUUUGUGGGAUCGGGAUGUCGACCAAAAGGUGGCGCGGACCAAGACACGGCCGCUGGCGGGAGGUGAUGUGACCGUGAGUCAGGCCAUUGGCUUUUUGGCGGCACAAUUGUCCGUCGGAUUGGGAGUUUUGGUCAGUUUGCCACACACGUGGUAUUGCUUUCAAUGGGGCACGGCAUCCUUGCCUCUGGUAGCCAUGUAUCCCUUGACCAAACGAUUCUUGCCGUGGCCACAAAUGUUCCUCGGUGUAACCAUUAACUGGGGCGCCUGGAUGGGAUGGGCAGCCACGCAUGGGAGCAUGGAUUGGUCCAUUGUCCCGUUCCUUUAUGGAUCGGGAGUGACUUGGACGCUGGUCUAUGAUACCAUUUAUGCCCAUCAGGACAAGGCAGAUGAUACCAAGUUGGGGUUGCAUUCCACGGCAUUGGCAUUUGGUGACAAUGAUCAGCAACAAAAGAUGGUGCUUCAUGGACUGGCAGCACUGACAUGGCUCCAAUGGAUGGCGGUGGGAUACAAUGCGAGUGACUUUUUGGCCGUGCCCUACUAUCAACUUGGCGUCACCACGGCCUAUGCACAUUUAGUGUGGCAAAUCCAUACCGCAGACUUUGACAAUCCACAUAAUCUGGCGGCACGAUUUAGGAGCAAUUCCGCUGUGGGAGCCUUGAUUUUUGGUUCCAUUGCGGCUGGUGGCUACUUUCAAUAACAAAUAAUAGAGAGCAGUACUCAGGUUAAGCAUGGUUCCAACGUUCGCAGUUGAUGGCGAUUGACUAGCUAUGCAUUUUCUGAGGGCCGGUGAACCGAUGCAUCAAGGUAUUACAAGAGCCCAAAACAUGG